UUUGAGUUAGAUAUUGUCCUAAAUGCAAUCUACAACAAAUUCGGAAUGUAUACCUACGUUAGAGUUCCCGGAAAUUCCAAACAAAGAUGAAUUUGUGGUAAGUGAUGUAUCUUCGAUUUUUAGAACUAAACAAAAAGUAAGCUUAUUGUACUACCAAAAUUAAUCCUCGAUUUUUAUGCAACCAGGCUUUAUAGAAUAGUACUUAAAAAUUCUUUUUCGUGCCAAACAAAGAUUGGUUGCUUUUCAACUUCGACGAAAGCAGAUAAUUACCUCAGACAAAUAUUAUAUGAUUAUUUAACUUUAUUAUUUUUUUGUAGUUAUUGAAUAUUUAACGACAACAAUAUUUAACUUAAAACAUUUAUAGAAUUGUUAGUAUUUGCUACUUAUCCAUCAAUCAGUAGGUGGUCUUUCAGCCAGAUCUGCAGACAACGUUAUAAAUAAUUUUGUGCUCAAGAAUGAUUCCAUUUUCUUCUUCAUCAUACUCACUUGAAAACAAACCAACAACAAUAACAACAGCAGCAACAAAUAAUGUCACUUCUACAACAGGAUUACCCACCCUGUGGGACUGGGGUAAAUAGUCCAUAAAUCUAAGAGUCUGGAAUAGUAGUGUGCCUAUCAGCAAUACAACAUUGCAAUUAUCGUAAUCAAUCAUUGGUUUAAUCGAAAUAAAUACGGUACAUGUUGUCGGUACAUGUACAACAGAUUAUUGCUUUCCCUAGCUUUUCUGUCAGCUUGGACUAAGUUGUAUAUUUUUACAGGACUGGACGUACUCCAAGAGAAGAGAAAUGCAGGUACGGCUGAUCUCAUCAUGAGUGAUUUGUUGGUUAUUUAUUUUUUUGUAAGUAACAUUCAUUGUAAAUUUGAGUAAAAAGACUCUACAUCAUUGUAUAUUUAUCAUAAGAGACCAGAAAAGAGCAAGUAAUAUUGAUUGGUCACAAGCCUGUGUACAGUUGCCCCCUUCCCUCAGAACAAAUCUGGAAAGGAGUAUCUGUGAUUUGUCAUUGAUAAUAUAUAUUGUGUUCAAAGACCUCAUGACUUUUUCGGGAAUUUGCGUUAUGAAACAGCUAACGUAACAUUUCACCAUGCCAGCACCGGUUUUCCCGUGAAAUGAUGUCUGAGAAACAAGUGCAGAAAUUCCAUACUGAUGAAGCACCACUGCGCUUCUGAUUGGAUGAAGCAAUUUUCAACCAAUCAGAAGCACUACUCAGAUCUGGGUAAUUACACGGCAGAUCAGUAUGGAAUUUCUGCACUUGUUUCUCAGAUGUCAUUUUGCAGGGAAACCAGUGAAGGCAUUGUAAAAUGUUGGCUGUUUUCUGAGGCCAUUCUGGAAGGGAUGGAAAGGGGGACGUGAUUUGCCAUUACUUCAGAUUAUUACAUCAUUGAAAAAGCAAGUUUUCAUUGGCUUUCAUUUUCGUGGAUUUGACUUCUCUGAAGAAAAUCUAGUUAAAAAAAAAAUCAUGGAAAUUAUUAAGUUUGGUCAGUGUUGAUCACUUCCCAUAAUGUAUGCAAAAUUAUAAACAUGAUCACAGGCAAUCCCUGUUAUCUUAUUUUUUUUCCUGGGGGGGCCCGUGGGAUCCAGGUCCUUUCUACCCUUUGUGACGCCAUCAGUUUUAACGGGCAAGGACAACUUUCUUCGUAUGUGCAGAGUGAAGAGAUCUUUCAAACCAUACCAGAAUGAGCACAAUUCAGUCAAGGACACCGGAGAAAGAAGCAAAAACCACGUGACAAAGACCUGAAAAACUCCAUGAAAAUCUUGUAUUCACCUAAUCCUAAGGUUUAGGAAAAAAAAUCACUAAAUGCAAUAUCCAUGUGUUUAUUUUUUAAACCCAAAAACUUAAUACUUUUUUAUUUUGCAUCUGGAUCAGAAGGCCACCAAGUGUAAACCUGUAAACUGGUGUUUAUCUUGGACCAUAUUCAGCAGCAAUGAAUAGCAAAGUACGAGCUGUUUACUAAAUAAUAAUUUUUUUAAAUAAAAUUUUUACAGCCAAAAUCAUGCAAUCCAUUGUUCAACAAAUCUUUUGUUUGCCAGUUUUAUUUGACAGGAUUAGCAAAUACUGUUUAUUUUUUAUUUUUUAAAAUGAAACUGAAAGGCAUUUUGUUUGCCAGUUUGUUUGACAGGAUUGCAAAUACUGUUAUUUUUUGUUAUGAAAGAAAGAUUUCCUUGUAUUGAUAUGAUGAAAACCCUUAAAUCCUAAGAUUUUAUGUUAUUCUUUUACAGUUAGAAGUUCUAAGACAAGUUGGAAUAUCUCAUGUUGUUUGUAUAAGACAAAAUAUUGAGGCCAACUUUGUCCGUCCUAACUUCCCACAACACUUUAAGUAAGUAUAAGGAGUGUGUUAUAUAGUUUAGUUGUUGAAAUGUUGACGUAAUAAUUUUUCAAAGUUGCAGGUCCAAGUUUACAGAAACUAUAAAAAUAAAUGAAUUAAAUUUGCAAGCAGAAAUAUUGAUAAUGUCACUCACAAUUAAAAAAAAUGUGAAAUAACACUUUGAUAUGUUGAUUUUCAUCUCCCUAUUAACCUAAAUUCUGUUUUCCAGUCCCUCAAACUGAAACUCAGUAUCUUAAUAAGAACAAGUAUAGCUGGAUUCAUUUAGCAGGCUUAAAAAUUAUGUUUCAUGUGUAGAGCCAUUGACUGGACAGUAUUUUAGAUUUUGUUGAAAUUGAAGAGUACUUUUUCUAAUGUAAAAUAUCAACAACUAACAAGCAAUUUUGUACAAACUUGUGAAUGUCAGGUUUGAGAAACGCAUUGUCCAUUUUAUGCAAGAUUGAUCUGUAGGGAUAAUAUAUAACAGAUGGUCCAUGGGUAUAUAUAUGGAUUUUUCCAAUCCAAGACAAUUUAACACACCGUUAUAUAGUUCUUUCUUUCUAAUUUUAAUUAGAUUUGUGAUUGAAUUUUUAACUUAAAUAUAAAUUAAUUUUUUGGGUUAUGGUACUCGGGACUGGAAGUUUAAUGUAAUGCCACCUUAAUGUUUUGUUUGUUUUCCAGCUAUUUGGUAUUAGAUGUUGCUGAUUCACUAACAGAAAACAUAAUCACUCAUUUUCCAAAGGUAACUGGAGACAAUGUCCUUUUCUAGAAGAUAUCUUCAUAGCCUUGGAGAGUUUUUACUUUUGUUGUUUAUUGUCUCUCCUCUCCCUCAGAAAAUUUUAGUUUAGGUUCAUGUUUUACAAAACCUUUAACAACUGUGGCUGUUGAGAAUUCUAAUGCUCUCCUGUGAGGGAGAGGGUGGGUAGAUCCUGCAGCAAACAAUCCCAUUCCUGUCCCGGUCCCUCAUAAUGAGCUGUUUUUUCUUCAUUCUGUUCACAGGUAAAAGCCUUCAUUGACAGCUGCCUGAACAGUGGUGGUAAGUUAAAAAUUAAGUUAAUACACUGUCAUAUUAAAGUAGAAGUAACUAACUACAGCUGAACCUCCAUUAAGCGGCAAUUGACCCUCAGGGUACCAACAAGUGACCACUUAAUGGAGGUUGGCUGCUCAAUAGAGGUUCAUGAUAAAUCGGCAUACAAUCUUUCGCAGAAUCAUCACUUUAUUUUAAAACAACACGACGGUAGAAACAUACUGGAUCCACAAUCAGUCGUCACUUCCUAUCUCAGAAUGUAUUUUCCUUCAUCUCAUUUCUUAAAAUGAAGCCAAACUUAGUGUAUCAAGACAGUGCUUGAUGGCCACUUAAUAGAGGUGACAAGAAUGGGAGAACUCUUGUUGGGACAGCCAAUAGGUGACCAUUGCUGCUAAAUAGACGUGGCUGCUUCAUAGAGGUUUUAUUUUCCAUUCUUUUCUACAAUAAUAAUUAUUUUGGGACUUUGAUUACUGGCUGCUUAAUGGAGGAAGGCCAGUUGAUAGGUGACUGCUUAAUGGAAGCUCGACUGUAUACUCGAUCUCUAACUUGGCAAAGUUGAAGACAUAAUGGCUUAGCCUGCAAGGAAUAUUUUUUGUGUGGCAAAUGCUGCUUGAUUUAUGUUUAAGUUUAUGUAUUACCUUGUCCACCCUCUUUGAUUUUGUUUCCGUCCAUUUUAUUAACAAAUUUUGUGUUUAAAUCUUUUUAGGAAAGGUUCUAUUACAUGGAAAUGCUGGAAUUUCCAGAAGGUUGGUCAGGAAUCACUUGUUGUAUGGGCACCUUGCUACAUGUUAUUAAAGACAUCUGUACUGAGGCUACAGCUAUCCACUCUCACGGGCACCCCACUAACAGGCCUCCUUUUAUCACAGACACUGCUACUGCUACUGCUACUGCUACUGCUACUGCUACUGUAGGACCCACCACCACAAACAACCCGCCAUCAAGCACCCUAAUUGCUAUCACACAUUCUUUGUUAGUACUCACAACUGAAUGUCCAUCUUAAGGCCCAUUUACACCAAGGCUUAAAUGUGUUUAAAGCUGUCUAGUUAAAAAGGGUUUAAAUUUGUUUACUUAGAGAAGCUGCUUACUGUAAUUUUUUGUUGCAAAUUAUUUUUUUGCAAUUACAUAACGAGUUAACGGUGUAUUUGAAUUCUGUGUACAAGCCUGUAUUCUAGUUUUCUGUUACUGUUUUUCAUUUUAUUAAACCCAUUUUAAUAAAACAUGUUUAGUUAGUCUGAUUGGGGCAUUAGGCCUGAAGAGGUUUUUCCCUUGGUUAACUUAUUGACCAAGUUGCACAGUGGUUGCACAGAUGGAAAUAUCUAGUAAAUUGCUAUUUAUACACCUAAUGGUCAUACAUGAUUAUACAUUACUGUCAUAGAGUUAAAAGUUUUUUGUUUCUACUUACAUGAUUUCUAAUGAUGAAAUUGUUUUUUACUGUUCUUGAAAUUAUAUUAUUUUAUGGACUAAAAAUUUCUCUUUUUUUUCAGUGCUGCUUUAAUGAUUGCCUUUAUCAUGGAAACUUAUGGAUUAACAUAUAGGUUAGCUAUUUUUUUGUUUUUAUAAAUAAGUUUAAAAUACUUCCAAAGAAUUCUUUCACGGGUACAUGCCUUUUGGAUUUGCACAGUCAGAACGGUGCAUGCAUGUUUUUGGUAAAGAAGUGGAACUUGAACUAGUAGUCUGUCCACAGCUUGUCUGUUUUUCUCAAUUCAUGUUUAAAGGAAUGCAGAAAAUUAAUUGUGAGUGCAAUGAGUGUGAGAAGGUAGCAGGCAUAUGUUGCCAUGUUGAAUAACAAAACAAGAAAAUUGAUGACUGAACAGUCAAUGAAAAAGACAAAUAAUAGGCGACAGUUGCAUGAAACCUAUACUUUCCUAGGCUAAGGGACAUUCCAUGUGUUUAACUUAAUCAUUUCUGUUUUAGGGAAGCCUUUCAUUAUGUGCAACAGAGAAGAUUUUGCAUUAAUCCUAAUGAGGGCUUUGUUCAACAGCUUAUGGUAAGAGUUCACAAACAACCUGCUUUAGGUCACACCCAUAAAAUCACCACCUCUCAUCCCUCCUUGCCAGCCAGUAGGGCACUAAAGGCAUUCCUAGUGCGAUGAAUAAUGAAAGGUGGCCUGUCGUAUUCAUAGGCUAGCUAUCGACAUGAUUUAUAUGUCUAUGAGUGUAGAGAAAAUAGAAAAAUCGUGGCCUCUUUUAGGAACACUGAACAAAUAAGAAAAAAUGAAAAUGUUGUCAGAGUUCUCAUCUUAUAGCAUGUUUAUUAUUGUCUUCAGGAGUACGAGCCAAUUUAUUUAGCAAAUUAUCAGGCGAGGACAUCAGGAGAGAGACUACAUCAAGGUAGAAGAAUUUAUGGUUAUCUUGAAAAUUUUGCUGUGCUAGAGAUCCACCACUAAAUUGAAAAAAAAAGCUUGUUUCUUCUACUGUUGAACCCAGGGCUAUCAAUACAGACACCUCUCUCCUACUGAUUUUUGCAGCUUAGCGGCUCAAGUUUGUGAAAAAACACUUAGAAUAGGGCUAAAAUAAGCGGCAGCAUUUCCGGAAAAAAAAAAUGUAGAAAUGCAGUUUGCAAGUUACUGCCAAAGAAUUGGUGCAAUGCACAAGUAAAAUGUCAAAGAGGUUUCUUUGAAAUGGUCACAUCACCAAAUUUCGUUCAUGCAAUUUCAAGAAAAUUAUUUUUAUUUUAUUUUAUUUUAUUUGCCACACUAAUUACAAAAAAUAUAGGAAAAGAAGAAGAAGAAGGAAAAAAAAAAAAAAAAAAAAAAAAAAAAAAAAAAAAAAAGACCUAACAGAAACUAUAGGGCUUAUGAAGGUUAGGCCUCCUCGAACUAUGAGCUUUUCACAUCAAUUGAAGAGAAGAAGGCGAAAAGUCGAAGAUGGAUAGAUUUAUAAACUGUUUUCACUUACUCAAUAAUUUAAUCUUCAGUUUUUUCUUAAAAGGAGAGGGAUUGAGAUUGAUGAUCUUGUUGUCAUAAAAAACUUAGGCCCUGUCAAAGGGCGAGAACUUCUUCGUGUUUGUACGACAAUACAGUAGUAAUGGGAAUUUCUUGUAUUGUAAGAGUGGAAUUGAUUGCUUUGAGAGAAAUUGUUAUUAAACUUUGGAGGUAAGAAUGAAUUUUUGCAAGAAUACAUAAAUUGGCCCAGUUGAAGCAAAUGGAUAUCAUUAAAUUUUAGUAUACCGAGGUCCAAAUUAAUUGUACAAUGCACGAGUAAUGUCGAAUAGGUUACGCUGAAAUGGUCGCUCCACGAAAUUUCAUUCAUACUGUCUCAAAAAGGUAGGGAUAAAAACUGUGUUUUUAUAACUGGCUUUGGGAGUGAAGCGGUUGAAGUUACGUAUGAAGAUCAUUUGCUUGUUUUAAAAAUAUUUGUUUCGUUCGUAGGUGGAGUGAAGCGGGCUCAUGAGGACGAAUCCAAAGACGAAUUAAUGGACACCUGACCAAUUGUUUGCCGCAUAGAUUCUUUAUUUAAUUGAACCAGGUAAAUAUGCCCUCUGUCUUGCUAGUCCUGCUAGAUUAAUUUAUUUCUUGUUCUUAAAAAAUGCUGCACGAAAACGAAAAAUAUAUAUAUUUAAAUGAAAUAGUUUUGUCUGGGAACAGUCCCAUACAUUCAAACGGAUAAUUCUUAUCCCUUUUUGAGGGAGAUUGCAUUUGAGUCCUUUUGUCUGCUUUUAUUUGCAGCUAACACAAAUCAUGAAAAAAAAAGGGUUGCACAC